AAAACAUCAAGUUUCUUUUUUCUCUUUUCACUUAGUUCCUUUCUCUUUAAUCCAAAGCUUCUCUUCUCUUCUCCUUCUAUAAAUCUCCUCAAACAGUACUACUUUCCUCUUUGCCAUUUUUUCUAAUAAUUUCCCCUGUCAAAUCCACAGCGAACAAAACUUUCCUUUCUUCUUCCCAUACAAAGCCAGAAAAUCAAACUUCUAACCAAAUAUGGGGACGCUUUUGUCUCUCACUUUGACCAUAAUUCUUUCGUGGACGUCAGUAGAAAUCCAAGCUCAAGGGAUCAAAUCCUCCCGACUUCUCGAUCUUCUCAUCAGAGACUACACAUUCAAGUCCUUUGACAAACGCUUGAAGACCGGAUUGAUGCAAACCGUGAAUUUGCCGGCUAAUUUCUCCGGCAUUAAAGUUGAUACAGUGAGAUUUAGAUGCGGCAGUCUUCGCAGAUAUGGUGCUCAGGUUAAGGAAUUCCAUCUGGGUAUUGGAGUAAACGUGCAGCCAUGUGCAGAGCGAGUUAUGGUGAUUAGACAAAACUUGGGUUCUAACUGGUCGUCUAUAUACUACGCUAAUUACGAUCUAUCUGGUUAUCAACUGGUUUCUCCUGUAUUAGGUCUUCUCGCUUAUAAUGCUGCUGCUGAUUUGAAUUUCAGUAACCCUUAUGAAAUCGGUAUUCUUGCUGGAAAUAACCCUAUCACUAUAGAUUUCAGGAACCAUACCCAGAUACCGAUUUCUCCUGGUGUAAACCCUUUGUGUGUGAGUUUUGAAAAUGAUGGGAAAGUGACGAUGAAAAACCAGGUUUCUCCAUAUGUUUGUGUUGCGACGAGACAUGGCCAUUUCGGCUUGGUUAUUGAGUCACCGCCGAUGUUGCCGGAACGGCGGAGGAUUAGCCGGUGGAAAGUGGCAGUGGGGAGCUCCAUUGGAUCUGCAUUGGGUGCCUUUCUUCUGGGUUUGCUUUUGGUUGCCAUGUUUGUAAAGGUGAAGAAGAAGGCAAGAAUGGUGGAGUUGGAAAGAAGAGCUUAUGAAGAGGAAGCUUUGCAGGUUUCAAUGGUCGGCCAUGUCAGAGUUCCUACUGCAUCUGGUACAAGAACAACACCCAACAUUGAACAUCAAGAGUACUCACGUUAUCCUUCUUGA